AUGGAUAAUAGCAAUGAAAAAAAUAUACCAAAUUAACUCAAAAAAUAAAUAAUUUAUGGUGAUCUAAAAUAAGAUUAUAAAAAUAUACCGUUUAAUGAUAAUUAACUACUAGAUUAAAGUGAACAGAAAACACUUUUAUACUUAAAAAUAAGUCCAUACAUAAAAAUAUUAAUUUUAUUUAUUCUAAUAUUAUUGACAUCUAUAUUAUUAUUUUUACAAAUAUACAAUAUUACAUAACAAAAAAAACCUCUAUAAAAUCCUAAUGAAUAAUUUUUCCAACAUAAUUGGUAAGAUAUAACCGAUGUAAUAAUAAAACCUAAAAUAACAAAAAGUAAAUUCGAAACUAUAAAGUUAAAAGAAAAUAAUUUAAAAGUACUUUUAAUAUCCGAACCUAAUUUACCCUAAAGUGGAGCCUCUUUAGACGUAAAAGUAGGUUCAUAUAAUAGUCCAGACUAAUUAUAAGGACUUGCACAUCUUUUAGAACAUAUGUUAUUUAUGGGAAGUGAAAAAUAUUAAGACGAAAAUUUAUUUUUUGAUUUAAUAUCAAGGAAUGGAGGAUUAACUAACGCAUUUACAGCCAGUGGAAACACAAAUUAUCAUUUUCAAAGCACAAAUAAUAAUUUUGAGUAACUCUUAGAUGUAUGGAGUCGAUUUUUUAUUGACCCUCUUUUAAAAGAAAAUUAGCUAGAACGAGAAAUAUAAGCAUUAGAUUCUGAAUAUAUGAAUGGUUUAUCCAGUGAAGAUGAUAGAAUAUACAACUUAUUAAUUUGUAUAAGUGAUAAAUAACAUCCUUAUAAUAAUUUUAUUUAUGGAAAUACUGAUUCUUUAAUGAAGAAUCCUAAAAAUACAUCCCUUGCCCUUAGAGAGUUUCUUUAGAAAUUUUAUUUUUCCGAAAAUAUGACUUUGGUAGUAAAAGUAGAUUCAAAUUAUUAGAAUUCAAUUAAAAAUAAAAUUGAAAAUCUUUUUUCUCAAAUACCUUCCUUUUAGAAAAAAGCAGAAAAUUCAAAUCUUCUUUUAAAUUCCAAAUU